GGGAGUGGUCAGUGGAGACUUUCUCAGGAACUCCGUCUCUAAGCAACCAUCCAAACAACGGAACUUCCUCUGGUGACAAUGCGGAAGUGUAACAACUCUAAGUCAGAAAAAGGAAAAAUGGCCAUCACGGCUGUCGCUCUGCAAGACCACAUAUCAAGAUCCAUGCUGCAAAGUCUGUCGCUGAGCGACCCAGUGAGAGACAGCCUGAGAGCAAAAGGCCCGGGCCAGAAACCCCGUCAGAGAAACAGGCACGCGAACGGCAAGCCACAGCACUCACAGUCACAGAGGUCACUGGAGGAGAGGGAGUACGUGUUGGAUCCAGCACCUCCACCGCUCACCCUGGCCCAGAAGCUGGGUCUGGUGGAGGCUCCUCAGAGGAGGCUCUCAGAGGCCGAGUGGGAACAGGUGAAGACCCGCUCGGUUCAGGAGGGAGACUCCACACAGCCCUGUGUCAUCUGCAGGGAAGAGUUCCGCCUUCAGCCUCAGGUGCUGCUGUCCUGCUCACAUGUAUUUCACAGAACCUGUCUUAAAGCUUUCGAGCGCUACUCAGGCAAGAAAUGCUGCCCCAUGUGCAGGAUGAAUCAGUACGAGACGCGGGUCAUCCAUGAGGGAGCUCAGAUCUACAGGGAGAAGUGUAUCAUCAGGAUACAGGCAUGGUGGAGAGGUUGUGUUGCUCGGAGGUGGUACCGAAAUGUGAGAAGAUCUGUCCCACCUAAAGACAAGCGGCUGAGACAGCAGUUCUUCGAGACCAAGCUCCAGGAGAUGAGUGACAGCCUGGUGCAGGCCUGCCGCACGGACACCGAGGCCUUCCUGAGCGACAUUGAGCACUCGGUGGCACAGAGCCGGCUCGUCUUCAGACAGCUGGAGCCCGAGCACACACUCCUGACACACACUCCUGACGCACAGGCCGAGGACUGGGUGCAGAUAGAGGAGCAGGCUGUCCAGAGAGAGAUGCAGGACUGUCCUAUCUGCCUGACCCCUCUGUCUACCCCCUGCUCUGGGUCUGAGGGGCACGGGCAUGGCCACGGGAGGGGCAGGGAACCUCGGCACGUCCUGCUCCUGUCCUGCUCCCACCUCUUCCACCAGGUCUGCCUUGAGGCCUUUGAGCUCUUCUGCCCCGAGACGCGCCCCACCUGCCCCCUAUGCAGGGCCAUGUACAGCAAGAGGGUCCUGUGAGCUGCCAGCCACACCAGCCUGGGUUCCCCGCAUACAGCUGCAUGUCUUAGCUUUCAAUUUCAUUUAGGUUGGUUACAUAUUUACCAGCAGCUUGCUGCAUUGCAUUCCUACGCUCACCGGAUAAAGAGAACUAUGCUCUUUGUACACUGUGUCGGUAUGCUGAAAUGUGACAUGACUAACAGGUAUGUUGCUGGAAAUAAGGUCCAGUCCUUUUGAAGUACACAUGAGCAUGGAUUUAAACUCACUGGGCAUAUAUCUCAGACUUAUUUACCGUGUGACUAUUUUAUGGAGUGGAACUAGAGGCCUUUCCUCAGGCUUGUGAGAGAGGCUGAGUGAGGGAGGCUGGGCUGGGCAGGGCUACUGACAGGCCCUCAGCAGGCAGCGCAGACAGCAGGUGGGGUUGUGGUUGGGGCUAAUUGCUUGAUCCUCCGCCUGCCGGGCUGAUUACCUCUGCUUGGCAGGGAACGCAGACAGGGACUUUCUCCACCAUCACACCUUCAGCCUUUGAUGAUGAGCUGAAUGAUAUGAUGAGGGGGGGGGCUUUGUUUUUCAUGCCACUAUGAAGCAUUUCCCACUAAGCAUUAUUAUGGCAACGAGGAUGUUUUGUUGUUUUCUCUAACUGUUGUUUUCAGGCCAACAAGCUUUACACUCAUCGCACACUAGCAAACACAGAAAAAUGGAAACCAAGGUUUUCCUCAAAUUGAAAAACUUUAAUGUAAAGUGGUCAAAUUGUAAAUGUGGAUGUCAUCAUAUUACACUUACAACAAAGACAAAACACAUUGAGAAAUGGACAUAUUAGAAAAAAAAGUACAUUCACAUAUGUCGCAAAA